AUGAACAGCGAAUACGACUAUUUGUUCAAACUUUUGUUGAUUGGUGACUCAGGUGUUGGUAAGUCAUGUCUAUUGUUGAGGUUUGCAGAUGACACUUACACGAACGACUAUAUCUCUACUAUUGGUGUAGAUUUCAAGAUAAAAACUGUUGAAUUGGAUGGCAAAACGGUCAAGUUACAAAUCUGGGACACAGCAGGCCAGGAGAGAUUUAGGACUAUCACGUCGUCUUACUACCGUGGUGCACAUGGUAUUAUAAUUGUAUAUGAUGUUACAGACCAGGAGUCGUUUAACAACGUGAAAACGUGGUUACAGGAAAUCGAUCGUUACGGCACAGCAGGAGUUGUCAAGUUGCUAGUUGGUAACAAGAACGACUUGAAGGAUAAGAAAGUAGUUGACUUCGAGGUUGCGAAGGAGUUUGCGGAUUCCCUAUCCAUUCCUGUAUUGGAGACAAGUGCAUUAGAUUCCAGUAACGUAGAAGAAGCCUUCUUAACUAUGGCUAGGCAGAUUAAAGAGACAAUGUCUCAUCAACAAAAGGACACGGGCAAGAAGGAUGACAAGAGUGGAGUCAACUUGAAGGGUCAGUCUUUGACUGGGUCGAGCAGCGGAUGCUGUUGA